UUGAAGGACGAGAACGAGAAGCUGGGAGCUGCUGCUGCUGAGAAAACAUGCUCAGCACCACGGACAGCGAUCAAUUGGGAACUCGGACUCUACCUAUCGAUAUUGGAGAACCUUGAGAGAAUCAGAAGGCUGAACUGAAAAGGAGGAAUUUGAAUCGGAAUGGAAUAAACCAGCAUGGCAGAGGUAAAGUUUCUCACCUAAAUCAGUGAAAACACCCGUGGGGAAACUGCAUCUGGUGUGUUAUCAACUUCCCCCUGAACCACACAAUGGAUCCCCUGGAACCGACCUACGAUUCUCCCCUCUCAUCGUACCUCAACUCAUCCUCUGCAGCCUCUCCCGUGUCCUUCCUCUUUUCCUACCCCCUCCUCUUCAACAUCUCCUCCAACCUAUCAACCCAAAGCCUCCCCUUUCAGGGAAGCAGCACCCUGAUGACAGCAGUCGUCUCCCUCUCCGUCUUCAUGGUGGGUCUGACUGGCAACACUCUGGCCAUCUAUGUGGUGCUGCGCUAUGCCAAAAUGAAGACAGUCACCAACAUCUACAUCCUAAACCUGGCCGUGGCCGAUGAGCUCUACAUCAUCGGGCUCCCCUUCCUCACCACGCAGAACGUGCUCUCCUAUUGGCCGUUUGGCUCCUUCCUUUGCCGGGUUGUCAUGACAGCAGACUCUAUGAACCAGUUCACGUCUAUUUUCUGCCUGACCAUCAUGUCCAUUGAUCGGUACCUGGCUGUGGUUCAUCCAAUCAGCAGCACCAAGUGGAGACACCCCCGAGUGGCCAAGGUGGUGAGCGCUGCCGUGUGGGUCGUGUCAUUCGUGGUGGUUCUGCCCGUGGUCAUCUUUUCUGACGUUCAGGACACAUUUAACUCCUGCAACAUGAACUGGCCAGAGCCCAAGAACGUGUGGUCGACGGCCUUCAUCCUCUACACCGCCACGGUGGGCUUCUUCGGGCCGCUGCUCAUCAUUUGCCUCUGCUACCUGCUUAUUGUUAUCAAGAUGAAGUCGUCUGGGGCGCGGGCGGGCUUCACCAAGCGCCGGCGGUCAGAGCGCAAGGUGACGAGGAUGGUGGUGGUCAUCGUGGUGGUGUUUGUGCUCUGCUGGCUGCCGUUCUUCAUCAUCAACAUCGUCAACCUGGUGGUCAUCAUCCCAGAGUCCAGUGUCACUGCCGGAAUCUACUUCUUCGCUGUCAUCCUGUCGUACGCCAACUCCUGUGCCAACCCGGUGCUCUACGGCUUCCUGUCGGACAACUUCAGGCAGAGCUUCAGAAAAGUGCUGUGUGUGAGGAGUGUGAGGUGCAAGACCAACGGUGUGAAUGAUGGCGACAUCAGCGCUCCGCGUACUGAGAAAAGCACAGCUCACGACUGCAUGGUUCUCUCCCCUCGAAACCAGGCCUACCGCGACCCCCAGAGCAGCCAGGUCCCUCCUCAUCCUCCAGGCUCGCCCAUCUCCCACACAGCAGCAGACCUGCACUGCUCCACCACUACAGGCCAAUCACCCUCCACUGGCCCAGGAAGUGGACUCACCUCCACCCCAGCAGCCUCCACCUUAAUGGCCGUGGUUGCCCUGGCAUAACGCCACUUUUCUGGACACUCUUUCAAAACGCAUUGCAGCCGUUAUGAUCAAUUUUGGUGAAACAACCUCAUAGAUGUCAUGUGUCAUGUCUUAAUGUGCACUUCUAACUGCCCAAAUCCCCCAGCUGUUGCACCACUCCAUCCAUUUCCAUCUAUCUGGCCAUCUGUCUAAGUGCCUAAGUGAAAGAGGGGCAUUCAAACCGUACUUCUCCCACAAUGUUUAGCUGGCUUUGAACACAGAACCUCUGACUUUUGUUUAUUUGGGGCUCCUUGUUACUGUGCAAAUGUAAUCGAUGUAAAGUGGCUGAAAUGGUUCGUAUUAUAAUGCAAAUGCAUCAACCUUCAAGCUUUUAUUUUUAAACGUCAGGU